AUGAUACUCGAGCAGAAAAAACAACUUGAACAUGCCUUCGAUAAGUUGAUGAAAAGGAUGGACGAACAGAAGAAGACAGCUUCCGAACGAGCAGAACAAAGGACAGUCAGUAUAAAAAAUGGUCCUAACAAUGCCUCAUGCACCGACUCGCAUAAAAGCGAACCGAAAACACCUCACCGACCUAUAAAGGCGCACCGAAGUUAUCUGAAAGAAAGGCGGUUUAUACCGCCACCUCCAGGAACUGAUUGCACGCUUGGGCCAGAUUUUAGUUCCCCAAGUUAUAAAGAACAGGUACAGGAUCUUUUAUCACCUUAAGAGUUUAAUCAAAUAACACUAUAUACUGCAAUUAAUUGGUCCAUUUAUGCCAUUUUAUUGGUCCGAUGACAAUUUAUUGAAAAGAUUAUUUGAUCAUAUUCUAAUGACUGCUGUAUAGGAAAGUCAUCUGCCCUCUGCUUAAAUUUAUUAGACUCUCAUGGAUGAAAUGAUCCAAGUUAGAUAUGCCAUCAACAGAUUGCUACCAAUUAACGUGUUUGUUGUAAUUUUUGAAACUUACUAUAUAUCUCCCAAGAAUGCAAAUGAAACCUUUUGCGAAUCGCAGAAUAGUUUGAUUCCUAGAGUAGCUACAUAGAACUGGUUAAAAGCUCUUGAUUUAGUUGCUAUUCUGUUGAAGCAAAUUCGGAAAUUCAUGCACUUCUCUGCUAGAACUUUGACGUCCGAUCCACAAUUUAAAAUGCUAAAGGAGAAUUUACGACGAUGGAGUAUACUUAUGGACUGUAGACAUUCCGCGUCAAUGGGAUGGCUGCUAAAAAUAAUAAUUUACUUGGGCUAAACGAUUUUCUCACGUUCAUCUUCAUAAAAAGGGGAACUUUUCGUCCCCACAGAUCGGGGAUACUGAAAACACAAGUCCGCAUACACUGUUGAGGUCAGUGAACCGUGCACCCAGAAAAUCGUCCGAAAACAAGGAAGAGCCUUAAGCAUUUACGUUAUUUCGUUAUUUGCCAUUCCCUCGGCUCCGGUUAAUCGGCUCACGAGGUAACUGAGUCGUAGGCUUACUGGAGCCAAAUACCGAAGAAGAGAAACAGACUGCAUGUGCUACAACGAAGUUUCAGAGACCAGUAGGGCCGCUGUCCUCUCAAAUGGGCCGACAACUGUCUCUAGUCAAAAUCUGAGUAAACGAAACUUGGAGUUCGUUUGCUGGUCCAGUCUAAAGUCGGUCAGUCUAGGCCCAUAUUCGCACUCCUCGGUCACAUACAAACGGAACGUCAAAAAAGCAUUCAAAACUAGCCGAAAAAGUCGCCAAAUUGGACAACAUGUGAAACCGACAACCCGAUGAUAUUUCUAGCCAGCUGUUGGAGAAUGCAAAUGAACCAACAUCUGCAGUCACAGCAGUUCGACCGUCGCGAACAACGAUGUCCACUGUGUGCCAAACGGCAUGGUGUUCGCACGAAGGAUGCUUCGCAUAUGAGUUCGUUUCUUCUCAGAGAAAACUUGAUCAUCAGAUCAGAUUUAUUAAGGGAAAGGUAGGCGAGCGCCUUUGAAUUCCCUUUUGGUUACAAUAACGUCAUAAAAAACAAUGUGUAAGGCAAGUGUUAAAGAAAAUUAUGUAAGUAAUUACAUACAACAAGCAUUGGUCACUGGUAUAAAUUUGUCUGUGAAUGUCUUCUAUGUCAAAAUUGUACAAUGACCACUACGCAGUACUGAAUGGACCAAGUAGUAUCGAGGCAAGCGCAUAUGCUUCGGUCAGGAGAUAACGAAAAUUCAAAAGUAAUGCUACUUAAAUAUAGGGAGUAGCAUGUUUUGUAACGUAAACCUUUGAGUGCGGGUCGUGAAGGGGAAAUUUGUUAGUUUCUGAUGCCGUGGAGGUACAUAUCCUUGUACUGGUCCAGCUUUCUCUUAAAUGAGUCAACGGAUGAGGAGAUGACGACGUCCUCAGGCAGGGCAUUCCAUUCCUCUUACCCCUAUGCGGCCGAGCUUGUAUAGGAGACGUUGGUAUGGCACGCUGUCAAAGGCCUUCUUGAAGUCUAUAUAGGCUACACGCACCACGUUUCCUUCAUCAAUCGCUCGGGUCCACUGGUCAAGACAGUAGAGUAGAUUGGUUAAGCAGUACAUUCCUCUGCGGAAACCAUGCUGUGCAUCGCAUAGAUGAUGCUGCUCUAAAAACCGCAUUAGUUCGCGUUUGAUAAUUCGCUCCAUAACUUUGCAGCAUAUGGAGCUGAGGCUUACCGGUCGGUAGUUGUUUGCGGAAGCGCGACUGCCACUUUUAUGUAUCGGUGAAAGCCCCGCAGUCUUCCACUCAGGAUGUAGUCUGCCUGCAUCAAGAUAGGCUUGGAAGAGAAGACACAGAGGUUUCGCCAAUUCUGUGGCUAAUUUCUUCAAAAACUUUGCCGGUGUUUCGCCAGGACCGGACAAUGUCGCUUCUUUUAGCUUCACUAAUUCUUGUUGAACAAUUGCUUUUCUAAGAACCACCGAGUCACUUUUCAGGACAUCGUUCACACUAUAGUGAUCAGCGGGCACAGCGACUUCUCUCGUAAAAACCGACUGAAAGAACUUGGACAGAUGCUCAGCCUUUUCGUCAUUCUUGUAAAGUUCAACGCCAUCAUCCCAUUUUAACAUAGAGAUGGGAUCCCUGUUACGAGUACUUCGUCUUAUGUAGUUAAACAAAAGCUUUGGAUUUUCUCCUGCACAGUUUAAAAGGUUACCCUCGAAGUUUUGGCGGUCUUUGUAAACAAGGCACUUUACCCUAUUCCGCUGAGCCGUGUAUUUAUUCCUUUACUCAGUUGUCUUAUCCCUAGGAUAAGCUUUCCACAGCUUUUGCUUACGGUUUAUUCCAACUUUUAGUGUACUUAGUAGCCCUCGGGGCCUGCUGGUGAUUUUCUUUCUCGACAGAGGGCAGUAUCUGGUUAUAAGUUCAUUCAGUACGGCCUUACGUCCUAACCAGUCUUUGAGAACACACCCCGUGAAUGCUGCUUUCCAGUCUCUACGACGCAUGUCGAGACGCAUUUGGUUGAAGUCACCAUACCAUAUGUUGCGUCUGAUCACGAUGUGUUGAUCGGGCACUCUCUCUUCCCUCAUCCACCUGGGCCUAACGUGAAGACAGAGUUAAUAAGUCGGGAGGUAGGACAGGGCAGAAUGGCCGACGAGGCUCAAGGGUCCACCUUCGCUUGUAACAUACGCCCAGUCCGCGCACGAUGAACUAAGUUUUCACACAAACAAGACUGAGCUGGCUUGGAUUCUAUCCGAGGCUACAUAAAGAAGGAGUUAUUGUAACCUGACUCUUAGUCCUGAGAGGGGGUCGAGUUAUCCCUUCAGAUGGUACCGUUCCAGGCCACCGCGGUAGCUUAAAAGUGAAACAAGGAAGCUCAAUCACUUCCAUCUCAGCCAUCUCCGCAGGAUAGUAAAGCUAGGGUGGCAGGACAGGAUCCUGGACUCGAAAGUCCUGAAAGGAACCGGCAUCCUCAGUAUCCAUUCUACGUUGGGACAAACAAAAAGGCAUUGGAACCGCCACAUCGUAAGGAUGGGUGACGAACGCCUGCUCAAGCGCUUUGGGUGCCGCAACCGAUGCGGGCAAAAAUACUCCCAAAAGGACUCCUUGAAAAUCUUUCUCAAAUACCUGCAAAUCGAUCUCAUGACCCGGAAAGACCUCGUGUGGAAUCAGCAAAUGUGGAACACAGCCGUGCAAGCUGGAGCUGUAGUCUGCGAAAUCAACCGAACAGGGGGGAGGAAUAAGAGGAAGGUGCGUAAAUCACAAAUACCGCGGAUCGACGCUGCAACCAUCGGGCACCCACCAACAUGUCCGUAUUCUCCACUGGGCUUCAGGUCACGCAUUGGCCCGGUAGGACAUCUUUGGAUCCCCCGUUAUGACAACCCGCUCAACUCAAAACUUCUCGCACAGAGCGUCGUCAUCAACGAAAGAGUCCGGAAGAAAACCACUCCACUUACCUACUCGUCCCAUCCCGUCACCGACGACAACACCAGCAACGCGGAUCCAAAUUCAACUUGUCCUGAUUGCGAUCGCACACUCAGAUCACGUAUCUCCCUGGUCGGUCACUUACAAAUCCCUCGUACUGUGUCUGGCGAACCGAUUCCAGAAGCCCCAACGAAUACCCGUCCCCCUUGUUUUAUUUGCUCACUGUUCCGGGACAUUUGGCAGUCGUACGAGCCUCUGCGGUCAGACGCACAUCAAAUAAGAUCUUCACUAGAACACCACCGUCCAGAUUCCAUAGUUACUCCCUGCCCUACCUGGACGUACACCUCUAUGCUGCAAAGUAACCUAUUCCAUGGCACGCGCACACGCAACACCUCCCCAUAACACGCGAUGCCUACCUUCUCUAUCAAACAUGUGCUCCACUUUGCGAAUGUUAUUAUACCGGGAGAAACGUUAAAUGUAAAAUAUGCAAGCUUUUAUUACUUCCGAAGCAUGUUAGCUGGUAUAGUCCGGUACACAUGGAGUAUGGAUCAAGUUGUGCGUGGCACAUGCAGGUAGACUGUUCAGCCUUGUCAGUCACUGCGUCCAAUCACAUCACCAGCCGUUUGACAGACUUGGGCAGUCAAAUGGUGCGCGGAAGAGGCAAGAGAGAAUGAGGCCGACUCUGGAGAAAUCAUCGCCAUGGCAUACCAGUACAUUGUUUAUUCUAACAAAUCCGCCGCGUUUGAACCCACUAUGGCGAAUUAAAAGACGCCCGUCGAAGACUCCCAACGGGCAGGAUAAUUCGAUCCUUCUGAGGACUAAAAGUCAGGCGGAAAUGGCACCGUCUUAAUGUGACCUUUAUGUCAUUCUCAUCGGUGUGAGAUUCUAGUCACCUUUUCGUGGCUCGGCACACCUACAUUGAGAACCAAGCCAUGUAUAUGACACAAGUAGACGGAUUGCUUAGUAUUGACAACUAACGUGUCCGGAGGCACCUUCCGUCGUCGUGAAUUCGUCCCCCUACCGCAGCCAGGUUGGCGAGGGAGUAAAGAGUUCGAUAAAUGCUGCGCAAGUGUGCUCCUUAUAAUCUAACUCACGCGUAAGUCGCCGCUGCCGAUCCCGUCCCGUGAGGCACACGUUGGAAAUCGUCGCUUGCGAUGUUAGAACCAUAGCUUGUCCAGACGCUACUCUGGUCGUUGUGGUCGUUUUUAAAAAUUCUGUACUAUAAUACUACUGUUUAAAAGGAGUAGGUGUUUUUGAUCAUGUACGAGCGUCGAACAGUAGCGGAAACAAACACCGCGCAGGACCGUGAAGAUACUGCUGCCCACAUUUCCUUAGGUGGUCAUAACCGCAGGCAAAAACACCAUUAGUUACCAGUCUGAAAUGAACUUCCCUCCGAAGCAGAACUUAAAUUUACAUAUUUUUAUGCAACUGUCCCACCGUACUUCAAUCUUUUCCUCAGACAGUCUACCACCUGGCGUUCAGUCGACCCCUAUGAGUGACUUACAUCCUAAGGAAUCAACAACCUGAUCAGCUAUCGAAGUGAAAAGAAGUUAUUGCUUUGUUUUGCGUAUUUCCCUCGCCUAGAGAUCUUUACACGUUUACUUUGGCAUGUUUACCCUGCUCAAUGUCUCCCCUUCUACGGCUUAACUCUUCCAUCUAGUAUGCUGCGUUCUAAAUUUUUAGCUUGCUAAGCGGACUCGGCAAGCCGCGUACGCAGAUGCCAUUCGAAGUUUGACGCGAAAAGGUGAAAAUCUGGUCAAGCUGCCACCCCUCACCUCCUCCGCCAUGGCCUCCCAUCGGGCUCUGGCGGAGUACACCAACACACAGCAGAGUUCCAUUGGUAGGGACGAAUGCGGUGAAGUUCCCUCAUGCUUUAUGAAGCCUUCCCCAAAAUUAUCCCCAGCACUCGAGCGCUGCGGGGCUGCCACUGGCACUGGCCCGAAUAAUCGUUCUGGCUUACACCCUCACACGGAAGGCAACACGGAAUCUGACCAGGGGAGCAAACCGAAGAGUAGAAGAGCUCUCGUGAGACCAUUACCAAACUUUUUCCUUCUUCCCUUAAAUUUUAAAUUGUACGCACUUCCUACCGUAAAAAGCUAGUGUGGUCUGUCGACGGAAGAAACUACCUCUCUAAUUAUUCGUCUUUGAUCCGUUCUUUCAGUGGCCAUCAGCAAGUUAGGAGGCUAGUUGUUGUUCACUCUACGUAAUGGAAAACUGUCAGGUUUUGUCAGUACUAUUUUUGAGACCCUGAAUAGGAGGAGGGAUAAGAUUUGACUACUCACCCAAACCGAUGUGCAUUAGUCAACCUCUCGAUUUUUCUUCAUUAUACCUGUCCGUGUGGUACUGAUUUGUGACCUACGAGAGAAAUUAUGGAAAAUCGAGUUAGGUUUUCUGGCCGUAAAAACGUCCCUCUGAUCUUUUCUGCGGGUAAAACUGACAAAAUAGGACCCCCCACUUCCGACCGAUUACUUUAAAAUAUGUCAGGGAUUAGGAAAACUGUGUGCUCUCUAGUGUUGAAAAGUCGGAAAAUUAUAGCAUUUUUCUCCUAUAAAUUGUCACAUUUUUAUUAAACUUUGGCGUGGAUUUCACCAAUGUCGAGGCACAUCCCGUCACUCAAGCUUGUCAGUUUAUACUUGUAAAAUUUUUAGGACCGACUCUCUUUCGUUGGAUCUUUCACCACACCGUCUUCCUUAUUUUAUGGAAAGAGAGAAAAGUCUCAAAACAUGAGGUUAGGCGCAUAAGAGAAAAAUAAUUUCGGGAUUUAACAAUAAGAUGGUUGUGUGUUUCGGUUUGCGCACGAGCACAUUGAGGAACCAGCUGCGCAGUCCUGUCUUGGGGCACCUCCCAGCAAGACGAUAAUAAACUCUAGAUAAACAUACCGAGCAGACGCCAAGGCGUAACACACUUCCUUCUGAUAACUUCUAUUCGAGAGAAGAAAAUAGAGGCCAUUAUUUGCCGACCGAAAUUAGCGCUUGAGUUUCUGUAGGAGCGGCACUCUAGUCUUUAUUUCCAUUCUGCGCUCAAGGACUUUGGUAAGUGGGCUUACAUGUACGCUUUAGCGCCAGCGGUGAGCCAACAAAACUUACUGGAACUACCGUCGUCCUAAUCCGUGAGGGGUUUUCUAACAAGAUCGGCGUAACGCUGUUUUUAUGCUCGGACAGGUCACCGCGACCCCUGUAGUAAAUUAAUUGUCGAGAAUUAGGUUAACAUAUGGCGUUUUUCUGGCACUGGGACCUUAAAGUCACACAGUUGCUGGAGCAGGUCAUUCGUACGUACUGCAUCGACGGCGGUCAUAUUUUACUCGUUGGUAGCGGACUUCGAGUGCUCCUGACAUCGAAAUAUCUAUUCUUAAAUUUCGAUGCCCACGGGAAAGAACUCGCCAGGUUCCGAAUUCGCUCCCCUGAUAUUUUCAGGGCCUAUCGAGUCCUCUCAGAAGCAUUGAAACUGCGGGUAAAGUUGGUCAAAGACUUCAUUGCAGGCUAACCCCCCCCUCCCUACGUGACAAACUGCUCAAGCCUAAGAGAGUUGGCCCCUUUUAGCCAAAGCCGUAGGCUGUGUCGAUAUCUUGUUUAAUUUCCGAGGAAACUAAUGCGCGGACUUGGAGCAAAUCUUUCGAAGGCGACCUUUUCAGGCACGGUCCAAAGUCUGAUAUGAAUGUUUGAGCUGAAAUUCCUCAGCUACUGCGGAAAAACCGCCUAAUAUUCACAAACCGUCAACAGGCAGCCGGAAGUAUAGAAUUGUGCAAUGAUUUACCGUACUAACGACGCAGGUAUUAGGUAAAAGCCCAGACACGCGUGUUUCGCCGAUCUUAUGCCGCUGCCUGACUCAGCUGCGAGGGAUUCGGCUCGUCAGUGCGUCCCCCAGCUUUCCGGGUGUGUUUUCUGGCAUAUGAACUCCAGUUUCAACUUGUCUUGUUUAAUUUCCGAGGAAACUAAUCCGCAAACUUUGAGCAAAUCUUUCGAUACCGACUGAGCACCUGCUCAAAUGCAAUCACCAUGCCCUAGAAUCGUUGGUUCUACACCAGGCGUAAAAACGACAAAGAUAGGAAAGACUGGGAUGGAAAUCAUCUUAGGCUUAUUCAUACUUUUUUCGUCAUGUGACACCCCAGGCGACAGGCGCCACCGGACAAAACUCACCGCGUGAAUAGGUACCCGACCUGAGUCGACAGACAGGCUGGCUGAUGGAAAAGACGCCAUGAAGCCUGGAUUUAUGACGCUACUGACCCCUGCGUGUGACCCUAACUGCGGGCUGUGGGCGUUGCAGCUGCAGGCAUGGGUCCACAUCCAGUCGCAGGUGUUGGCUGGAGCUGUGACUGAUCGAGAACGGCAUCUACGUGCCUCAAAGAAUACAGGCUUGCUCAAUAGUUCACAUAAAUAGGCAGGGGACGGAGGCACGAUUUAUUCAGCCAGAUAGCCCUCAAGUAACGUCUAUAACGAUUUACGAGUCAAAAUGACUGUAUUAGCAGAGAACUAAGUCCUCCUAGUAGCUUUGACCGACCAUAAAGCAAGAUCGCUAAUUUUUGAUAAACAGUUGCAGUAAUUUGAGACUUUUAAAUAGUUUUUUUUAAAGGGACAGUGAAAGUGUUGAGCAUGUUUUUAAAAAAACGUGUAAAUGAUAUUUUCCAGAUUUUCAGGUUUACAUUAAGUUAGAUAUUACAAUAUGAGCGGUUUGCUUCUGAGAAAUUGAUUUUCUUACGCUUCCGUGCCUUAAUCAUCCCCAGCAUAUGUCUUAGCCAACAUCAAACAUGGCAGAUCUGAGAUCAAGUUCGGCAUGAAACUUCUCGUUUCUGCUGACUAUGCCGAAAAGCUCGCCUGCGUAUCUUAGGAUAGAACUGACUUGGAGUAUUUUGGAUACAAGUAUUUUGCACAUCCUAUAGUCUGCAACAUCAAAAAAUAAUUGCGACUUGAUCGUCUGACUUGUUGUUUUUGUAAGACAGGACUGGCUAUUUGACUUUUUUGAAACAGGACAGUCCGGGUGACUUUGUUCGACAUCAAGUGCAGUAAUAGUACAUCGUUUGUUUUUCGUAGACUAUAAGGUUAGUUACCUCAAACCUUUCCCAUCUUAAGAAUGCGACAGCCUUGUCUAGUAUGCGCGUUUUGUGUUAUUUUAUGAGACCGAAAACAGGCCAGUGUUUGUUAAUCAUCAACAUUCCACUAGAAUUAGUUACACACCCAUAGAAAGUCAUAGGAGCAGCUUAACUAAAUUAUUUUGAUGAAGAAGAAGUGGAGUUUAGAAAAUGUUUUGUGGAAUAUAAACAUGUAUUCAUGUAUACCUUUCGGCUCUCAUGGCGCCACCAAAGUACUAUGAUUCCUGUGUACACCUGCUGAAAUAUGACAACCCGUUUGUUAAAGAUGAGAACUGUAGUCACGCUUUUCUAAUCGCUCUCAUUGUGCAAAAUUCUGAUACCAUUUUCCCUUAAAAUAUUUAAUUUAGAUGCUGGAAUAUUCCAAGCGCCUGAGAGAGAUCGCCAAUCGAAAGAGCAAGCCAGCAAUUCCUCGUGACAAGGUAUGGCAUUUUUUCUAAAGAAAACGACGCCAAUUUGGCUAAGUCUACUUUAGAAAGCAGAAAUUUCAGAUUGUAGCAUUGCGUGUUAAACUGCGAACGCAGUCGACCUUUACCGUUCGCUGGAGAACCCAGCGCUGGGUCACAUGGCGCAAACAGGAGUUCGACUUGUGGAAGCGACGAGGUUCAUUAAAGCCCCCAGGACGCAGUGCCAGCUUCCGCAUGAAUUUGGUUAUAGUGACGCUGACUUUCAUCGCACGUGCCGUCCUGUCUGGUCCCAAACUCACCAUGUUCCAAUGAUGAGAUUAAGUCAAGAAGACUGGGACUGGGUGUUGGUACAGUUUCUGAUAAAGCCAUACAGCCGGUCUCUGCGUGACACACAAGACCUGGUUUCCAACUAACACGAACGAGGCUCCCUGGUAGGGAGGCAUUUAGAGUUUCCCAGCUCUGAGGCAUGUUACAGAGGCAGUUAAACCUUCAUCUCCUAGGAGGGCUGAGUUGUCGAGCUUCCAAACCACGGUAUUUAAACCGCCGUGAUAUUUCUGCAGUUUCACACUUACUGUACUUAAAGAUGCGCUGAAUUUUUAUGAGGGAAUUUAUGGUCUACUCAGAUGACUGGCGAUGAAUGUGAGCGCAGUGGUGACGUGCCAUGAAUCUUCAUCCAACGCGCGCCUUUCCCUCAGUAGUUAAGACCUGGCACAGACUCAACUCAACAGUAGGGCAAGUGACACAAGCAAUUACUUGACGUCAACCAUCUCUCCUCAGAUUCUCCGCUAUACGCUAUUUCGCGCAGUAAUUCAAUAAGUCCACUUUUAUGCUCGUUCAACUAAGUACGGACUUCCUCAGGGACUUCCUUCAUGCCCAGGCAGCAUCUGCUGAAGUGUUUACUAACGCCUACGCCUUCCUUCAAAACCCUGAAAUUUCGAAAUAUUCGUAUCGUUUUUAGAAUGAGCUUGUUCAAUUUUGCAAGAAUAAUUAUUAAAAUUAACGAGGUAGGGAAAGUUAGAGCUCCGUCUAACCGCUGUAUUUACGGAUCGGAGGACUUACCAUUUUACAGUUGUAACUCUCCAUCGCUUUAGCCCAGCCCUCCAGAAGCAUCCACGGACGAAUCCUUUGUCGUAUUGGAUUCAAACAUCCUGAACAUGCUCAAAAGGCACGAGGAAGAAAAUCAAACAACGCUUGCAAUGGUCAAUGAGUUGAAGUCUUCAUAA